CCUCGGCAUCAACACAUCGUACACAUUUAACAGAACUCGUAGCAUAGAAUUUGGUAAAAGUCUCGUAUUAUUAGGAAGCGGAGUAAGAAAAGGAGCUGGCAUACAUUUACUUAGUGAUGUGGAUAUUGGUGUGUAUGUAACAAACUGGCAUGAGCCUGGGACAAGCGCUGACACGUACACCGCUUUGCCACUGAAUGUACUUGGAAACAAGUAUAUAGUGGCCAGCAAUUCCCCAAAUAUGUUUGACGCCGUCUUCCUCGUUGUGGCUACUGUGGAUUUAACUCAAGUUAAUGUCACGUCUGCAAAAGGGACGUGGACACACAAAUCAUUGAACCGGUACGAUGUUUAUCAGGAAGUCAGCGGGUCAGAUCUUACUGGGACAGUUGUAUACUCGAAUAAGCCAGUAGCAGUUAUUAGCGGUCUUGGCUGUUCCUAUAGUCCCAAUAUACACUACGUGAGUGGCGGAUGUGAUCAUCAUAUAACGAGUCUUGUCCCAUCGUCAAAAGGAUCGUCGGCUGUCAUUGUUCCAAGCAUAUAUUCCCAGGAAAGGUUCAUUGCCCGUGUUCUUUCUGAUUCCACAAAUACUAGUAGGACAUCAACGAUUUGUCAUCACUAUGUUGGGAAUCAAACCAACUGCCAUGCGUUUAGCCGGGCGAAUGUGUUAGACUCGAGGGUCGAGAGUCACGCUGUAGUUGUAACUGGGUCUGAGAAGUUUAAUGUCGUACAAAUAAAAGGCGAACAGGGCUACAUGACAUGGAUUCCAGCAGUUAACCAGUAUCUCAAUGAGUACGUGUUUGUUCUGCCAACCAUAUACGCCCAACAGUCGCAUUACAUCUCAGUGAUCAUUCCUACACUCGACAUUAGCGGGCUUAUAUUAGAUGGCAUUCUUAAUCCCCCAAAACGCCUUAGUGAGACGGUGCCAAGUCCGUUCAGCAAUUAUUCGGUAUUGACGAUUGACAUGAACAGUGGCUACCACACCAUUAAACACUCCAACCCAGCUGUUAAGUUUGGCGUCAUCUGUUUUGGAAUUGGAAAACUAAAUAUAUCUGACUCCACCGCAAGUUACGGAUAUCCAGCCGGCUUCAAAUUUGAGACGGAUUGGUGUGAGGCGAGGCCGUGUCUUCAUGGUUCCCGGUGUGUUAGCGGUGUGAAGGGGUAUACGUGCGUCUGUUCCAUGGGCUACAGCGGGCAGCGCUGCGAGAAUAAGGUUGAAGACUGUGCAUCCAAUCCUUGUCUUAAUGCAGGCACGUGUAUUGGCGGUUUAAACGAGUUCUCGUGCAUCUGUCUCCCGGGUUACGCCGGGAGCGUCUGCCAAACAGUGAUAUCGAGCAGCGUUAUGUGUUACUCGUGCGCGGACAUGUCGCACCCAGGACUUUGCGACACCGUGAAACAGUGUGCUUCUGGGCAGUCCUGUAUGAUACAACACAGUCAAAACAGAUUCAAAUCCGGUUGUGCUGAUUCCACGGUGUGUUCGAGCGCCCACAACAACUCAACUGACGGACACUGCACUCAGUGCUGUGUUGUAAACUUCUGCAAUAGCCACGGAUGUGGAGCACAAGAACUAUUUCUUCGUGAGGACCGGGGACCAGUGUGUUUCGACUGCGGUCACGUGCAGACCACGGGGAAAUGUAACACCGUGCAACCAUGUCACAAGGAUCAGAUAUGUGGUAUUGAGGAGUAUGACUGGGUCGGAUUAUCUCAUUUCAAGAUGGGAUGUGUGGAUAUUUCUUGCGGGGUGCUUGAUAUGGAGGAUUCCCGCCGCUCUGUCCCUGUCUGCAAGUCAUGCUGUGCCGGAGACUUCUGUAACCACAACUGCACGAGACAUUCGCUCGGGGUCAUCAUCGGCUGAUGCAUGUCUGCUGUAUUUCCACAACUGGAAUAAAAAGUGAAUGUUUUGCACACAUUAUAUGGCAUCUGCUGUGUAAUAAUAAAAAAA